GAAGUUUUAUCGGCUGCUUUCAUUCAUUUACAUUUGUCAUUAAUUUCGUUUUGCUUUUUCCAGUUUCUGAAAUUUAUUUUCAGUCUGUUCUUGUAAAACUCUAUGAUUUGCCGGCAUGGCGUUCAAUUUCCAAGCGCUUCCUGGUUCAUACUUUAAAUGCGAUAGUGUCAUGUGCAAAGACAAUUGUCGUUGUUGGGUGAUGAGGUUGUGAUAUCGGUGCUAAUAAAAUUUCUGUGGUGAUGGCUCUACAUUGUCAACUAUUUUUUUCGACAGUUUUGUACUUCAUAGUAUUUCUCAGCAGUAUCGUCGAACUUUCAUCUAUUCUUUAUGCCAAGGGAUCUCUUUCUUCUUGUUAUCUUUAUGUGAGAACUACAGAUAGUACACCUUCUAAUUUCGUGUGUAACGUGAAUAUAUAUGCAUUUGCUGCUGCAGGUAUAUAUGCUGUCAUUAUGGCUAUUUAUCAUGGCUAUGGAACUGUUGUUGCAUCCAGAGAAAACCAUAUUGGGCGUACAAUGUGGGUGAUGCCUUGGCUUCUACUAAAUUCCUUUACUUCAAUACUGAUGUUUAUUUUUGCUUGUGUGUAUUCUGUUGGUCUCUACAUUACUUGUUCAGGUUCCUCUUCAAUUUUUUACAAGACUGAAAGUUGCACUUUGAAAUCCAAUACUUACAGAUUAAUGUCAGUUGCUCAAAUAGGUGCAUGGCUGAGCGUCCUGUUUUGGCUUGGUCUUGUUAUUCUAGAAGGUGUGAGAUUGAUGCGAAAUCGCCGUGCUCUGUCCCGUGAAGUUUAUGUUGAACCAAAUGCAUCAGAUCUUGUUAGGAUAGGAGAAGUAGCACCGACUGCGUGAUUCAGUAAUUGUAUUUAAAUUUGCGAUACAUAUUUGCAUCUUCUACAUUACCGAACACUUCUCGCCCAGGUAUCUUAAUUUGCUGGAUGUGCUUUAAUUAUAAGAUGUUGGCUCAUCAAAAAAAGAUUUUAUAGAUUUUACUUUUUAAAAUUUGUUAAAAUCUUUGUCCAUUUUUAAUAUUUCUUAUUGCUUUUAUGCAGUUGAGCUUAUGAUUUUGUACCUCAGAAAAAUAAUUUGCUCUUUGAUAAUUUCUUUUUGUAAACGAGCAUUAAAGACUAUUGAAAUAAAAUUUUUUAAAGGUCAGAAUAUAAAUGUCAGGAUUAUAGAAAAUUAAAUUUUUAAGAUAAAAUAAUUUAUUCCUUCUCAUUAAUACUUUGUGAUAACUUGGAGAACCAAUUACAUUCUUCCAGGAAAUACAUUGAUUUCUUUGUGUAAUAAUGUAUUUACCCUCUAUUUUAAUCAAAGGUCAUGUUGUGCAUCUUCAUUAUUCUUUAGUGGAACACUAAGUCUGUUUUAAGUUGUAUAAUAUAUUAUUUAUAACAUAAAAAUUGUUAUAUUUUAAUAAAAUUUUUCUGAAAGGAG